AUGUCUGGUGUGCGCGCAGCAACAGGACAACAUGAAUCUCUGAAAAGAUCAAUUAGACGUGUAAAAAGAGGACAAGCACCAAAAGAACCAACAUCAAUUAACGACAUUCCACAUCCACUACCGAAUGAUUACACCACUACAAAUGCAGAAAAUGAUGAACCAUUCCUGAUACACGACAAUGCGUCCGACACAAGCCGCCUCCUUAUAUUUUCAAGUGAAACCGGAUUAGAACUUUUAGGAAACGCUCAUACUUGGUACAUGGAUGGAACUCAUUCCACAGCACCACAACAGUUUGGACAAUUAUUUUGUAUAAGAGUUCCAUUAAGUGAUUCACAUGUUUCGGUGGUGUACGCUCUAUUACCUGGUAAACAACAAUCACACUAUGAAGAAUGUUUUACAGCAAUUUUAGACGUUUGCUUACAGAAGGACAUCCGGCCCAACCCAGCAACAAUCGUCGCAGACUAUGAGAUCGCCAUACACAACGCGGUGAGAUCAGUCAUUGGCUCAAGUAUCCAUAUACAGGGUUGUUUUUAUCAUCUAACACAAGCUACAUGGCGUCAUAUUCAAAGCGAAGGGUUACAGUCGUUGUACAGAGAAGACAAGGAUAUCAGACACUUCUGUGGUCAAUUAGACGGCCUUGCCUUCCUUCCAGCGAGCAAGGUGACUGAAGGAAUGUCGCUUCUUCGAGAUUCAGCCCCAGAUGUCUUGUCAGGUUUAGUAGACUAUUUUGACUCAACAUACGUUUCUGGGUCAUACAGAUCAGUGCUAUGUAAUGGACGAAUUCGACUACGAAAGACAUCACCAAGAUUCGAUCCCCAAGUAUGGAAUGUUCAUGAAACAACACUUAAUGACGGUGACCGCACCAACAACGUUUGUGAGAGUUGGAACAAUGGUUUUAGACACCUUGUAGGACACAGUAAUCCAUCAUUGUGGACAGUUAUAAAUUGCCUCCAGAAAGACAAUUCAUUAGUAGAGACAGAGGUGUAUAGAGACAGUGUAGGAGAAAAUGUGACGAAACGUAGGAGAAAAGAAACAGUCUCUCAUCAGAGAAAACUCAAGAAACUGUGCGAGGAAAUUCAGUCGGGAACGAAAUCAACCCAGGAAUUCCUACAUGCCAUAGGGAAAUGUGAAAGACUUGUGAAAUGAAGUAGAACUCCUACAAAUGUGUUAUAAAAUCAAAAUGAUCACUGAUAUUUUGUGUAAGGACUUGACUUCAUGUACUGAUUCAAUAUGGUGAAUGUGAUUUUCUAAUCAUAAUGACGAUGAUGACAGUUCAAUUUCCUAUUACAUGUGCAUAAUAUAUUCUUUGCAAGAAUCUAUAGCUUAAUCGUUUUGUUCUCAUCAAUUGUUCUUUUAUUGUUUUGCCGCUGCAAAAAUGUA